CACCUGCCCCCUUGUCGCGGAUUCGCGGUUAUUAAUUAUAUUUGGCUAUGUUUUUGUUAUAUUUAAAGUUCGCGAUCUCGAUAAUAUUCGGCUGCUAGGUUUGUUAUCUUGAAGAUUCAAAAGUUUUUGUUAUUGUUUUUAUUCGAAAAUAAAUAGAGUACGAAAAGGGUUCGUAUUGAAGCGAUUAAAUCAAUCGCCCUUAUUGUUGAAUUCCUUUUUCGUUAUGGUAGCAGGCUGAUCCUAAAUAAUCGUUCGUUUCGUCCUCCGAAUUCGUUGGUAAAUUCCAAAAAUGCCGGAAACCAGCGAAAAUGCCGAAAAGCUAAAAGCGUUAUCCACCCGAAAGUCCAGACUUCGUUCUUCACUGACUAGAAGUAUGUCAUACGUAAGUGAGAAGCUGGCGACGGCAGAUUUUAACGAAGUUAAAGUGAAAUUGACAAUGGUCGAAGAUAUAUAUAAAAAUUAUCUUGCUUUACUUGACGAAUUCGACAACUUCGAAGUUCCGGAUCUGGACCCUUUCAUAGAAAAAUUCGAAGAUGACUACAUCGCCAUUAAAGGUAAAUUAGAAAGCAGUAUCGAAAAAUUCUCUAAUAGCAGUGCUGUUCCAGGUUUUAAAAGACAGUGUACAACUGAAUCUGGUGGUAGCGGUAGUUGUUGUUCUUCUUCAAAAGCUACGAUUAAGUUACCAAAGUUGGAGUUGAAGAAAUAUGGUGGUAAUCUACUUGAAUUCGAAUCGUUUUGGUCUUCGUUCAACUCAGCUGUACAUAAUACUGAUUUAGAAGCAACUGAUAAAUUUACGUACUUGAGAAAUAACCUGGUAGGCGAAGCUGAAUUAUUGUUGAAAGGUAUGGGUACCACUGCUGCAAACUAUCCAAUCGCAUACGAAAUGGUAAAAAAGAAGUUUGGUAAUAAAAAGAAAUUAAUUGAUUUAUUAUACGAUAAUUUAACGAAAAUUCCAAAAAGUAACAAAUGGACUAAAAAUUUGCGAAAUACUUACGAUAAUAUUGAAUCGAAUUUACAUGCUUUAGAAGGUGUAGGUGAAAAUAUUCAAAACAACACCAUACUGUACUCGAUGAUUAUGAAGAAGUUUCCAUUUGAUAUAAUUAUGAAAGCCGAUUUGGAUGUUGCAAGUAACGAUUUAUCCGAAUUGAGGCAGAAAGUUGGCGAAUUGAUAUGGAAACAAGAGCAAUAUUGUGGUACGAAUUGGAGUGAGUCAUCCGAUAAUAAUCCUAAUAAAAAAGAUUUUUUCAAAGGUACUACAGAGAGCUUGAUAACUGGUGAUAGAAAACCGAGUAAAAAAUGUAUCUAUUGCGGUGAAACGUCACAUUAUUCCGAUGAAUGCAGCAAAAUAACGACAUUGGAAGACCGAAGAAAGAAAUUGAAUGGUCGUUGCAUCAUUUGUUUGAAUCCUGGUCAUCUCGCUAAAGACUGUACGGUAAACAAACCAUGUGUACAUUGUAAGAAACGUCGUAGUCAUCAUCGUAGUUUAUGUAUUAAAUUAUUUUCAAAAGAAGUUAGUAAUCCUGAACCAACUGAAUCUUUACUAAUGAAAGAUCAAGAAGGUAACCUGUUAGCAGCCACAAUCAACGUUGGUAAUGAAAGUCGUGUUCAGAAAGUUACCUCAAUUCUGGAUAGCGGUUCAAGAAGAUCGUACAUUACUACGAGGUUGGCCGAUAAAUUAAAAUUGAAGCCUCUUCAUUAUGAAACGAUUAGAAUUUCUACGAUUUGUUCCGAAGCUCCUCGAGAAAUUUCAACCAAGAUUCCAGAUUCAAGAAAUUCAAGCUCGCUGAAGUUGAUAAAAAUCUUGUACCUGAACUCCUGAUUGGAAAUGACUACAUGUUCGAUUUUAUGGUCAUGGAAAAA